CAACCCCUUAUCUGCAGCUCUACACACACAUACGCAAGAAUAUCAAUCACUCUGGCUUCCACAACUCCCUUUUCUCCGAGCCCCAGAGCUCAGUUCAGCCUCCCCUCUUCUUCUCAUUCUUCCUCUUCAUGGAAACGCCACAAAAAUCCGAACUUUCUUUCAAUUUCACCCUCAGAGCUUCCCAUAUUCUGUCAAAAUCCCGAUCUUUCCUCUUACUCUUUCCCUCACACCCUCAAACUCCCUACCCUUCGUAAUGCCGCCCCUCUUCUUGUACCCCCUUUAUCUGACUCUGCCGAUGAUAAUUAUGUGGAAUCCCACCAAAAUUUAUCGAAUUUGCAGCUAAUCACAAAUUUGACUAAGGAAUCGAGUAAAAGAGUUUUCAUCCAAGACCCACCAUGGGUUUCCUCGCUUUUCAUGAAAAGUCUGCUCAUUCGAAGCAGAAAUAAAUGUGGGGUCAAAAUAGAACAUAAAGAAAUGGAGAGGCGCAAAUAUUAUUUACUAAGGAGGAGGCAGAUUAAGGCGGAGACUGAGGCAUGGGAGAAUAUGGUGGAGGAGUAUAAAGAAUUGGAGAGGGAAAUGUGUGAGAAAAAAUUGGCGCCGAAUUUGCCUUAUGUCAAGAAAUUGAUCUUGGGGUGGUUUGAGCCGUUGAGGGCAGCUAUUGAGAAGGAACAAAAGUCCCGGAGGUCAAAGAAACAUAAGACAGCUUUUUCGCCUUUUAUUGAUGCUUUGCCCGCAGAUAAAAUGGCCGUCAUUGUUAUGCAUAAGAUAAUGGGGUUAUUGAUGAUGGGGGGUAAGGAUGAUAGGUGCGUGCGUGUGGUGGAGGCUGCUAUUCAAAUUGGGGUAGCAAUUGAGCAUGAAGUUAGGAUUCAUAGCUUCUUGGAGAAAACUAGGAAAUGUCAGAGGCGGGGAAUUGUAGAUGAAAGUCAAGGAAUUUCAAGUAAGGAAGCUUUGCUUCUAAGAAAACGCGUUAAGAGUUUAAUUAGAAGAAACAGAGUUCACGAGGUCCAAAAACUGGUGAGAAAUGAAGAGUUCAAGUCAUGGGGUCGAGAUACACAGGCUAAGUUGGGAUGUUGUCUGAUAGAGCUAUUAACACAUACUGCUUUUGUGCAACCUCCAGUUAAUCAGUCUGCCGAUAGCCCCCCUGAUGUUCGCCCUGCAUUUAGGCACCUCUUCAAAAUUGCAACCAGAGAACCAGGGCAGAACCUUGUGAAGAGGUAUGGGGUCAUAGAAUGUGAUCCUCUGGUCCUUGAUGGGCUUGAUAGAACUGUUAAGCAUAUGAUUAUUCCUUAUGUGCCGAUGUUGGUGCCACCAAAAAAAUGGAAAGGGUAUGACAAAGGUGGCUACUUUUUCUUACCCUCAUAUCUGAUGCGUACACAUGGAUCACGGCAGCAACAAGAUGCUGUUAGAACUGUUCCUGGGAAACAAAUGCAAAAAGUGUACGAGGCUCUGGAUACUUUAGGUAACACUAAAUGGAGAGUGAAUAAGCGUAUACUGGGUGUGGUGGAGAGCAUUUGGGCUGGGGGUGGCAACGUUGCUGGCCUGGUAAAUCGUGAGGAUAUUCCAAUACCUGAGCUGCUCUUUGAUGAUUUGAAAGAAGUAAAAGCAUGGAAAUGGAGUGUGAGAAAGGCAAAGAAAAUUAAUCGAGAGAGGCAUUCUCAAAGAUGUGACACGGAGCUCAAGCUUUCUGUUGCUAGGAAGAUGAAAGAUGAAGAAGGUUUUUACUAUCCCCACAAUCUUGAUUUUCGAGGCCGCGCAUAUCCUAUGCACCCACAUUUGAAUCAUCUAAGUUCUGAUCUGUGUAGAGGAAUUCUUGAAUUUGCUGAAGGAAGACCUCUAGGAAAGUCUGGGUUACAUUGGUUGAAAAUACAUUUAGCAAAUCUUUAUGGAGGGGGCAUUGAAAAGCUUUCAUAUGAUGGGCGUCUCUCGUUUGUGGAAAACCAUUUAGGGGACAUAUUUGAUUCAGCACAUAAACCUCUCAAUGGAAAUCAGUGGUGGUUAAACGCCGAGGAUCCUUUUCAAUGCUUAUCUGCUUGUAUUAAUCUUUCAGAAGCCUUAAAAAGCCCAUCACCAUACACUGUUGUUUCCCACCUUCCAAUUCACCAGGAUGGCUCAUGCAAUGGCUUACAGCACUAUGCAGCUCUUGGGAGAGACAGUUUUGAAGCAGCUGCUGUCAACUUAGUUGCUGGAGAAAAACCCGCUGAUGUUUACUCGGAAAUUGCAGAGAGGGUUCACAAUAUCAUGAAAAAAGACAGCAGUAAGGAUCCUGCAACUCAUCCAAAUGCUUUGCUAGCCAAUCUCUUGCUUGGUCAGGUGGACAGGAAACUCGUGAAACAAACAGUAAUGACUUCAGUAUAUGGUGUUACUUAUGUUGGGGCACGUGAGCAGAUCAAAAGAAGAUUGGAGGAGAAGGGUCUUAUCACUGAUGACAGGCUGCUCUUUAGUGCAGCUUGUUAUGCUGCAAAAGUGACAUUGACUGCUCUUGGAGAGCUAUUCCAAGCGGCACGAGCUAUAAUGGGCUGGCUUGGUGACUGUGCUAAGAUUAUUGCUUCAGAAAAUCAACCAGUGAGUUGGACAACUCCACUGGGCCUCCCUGUUGUGCAACCUUACUUCAAAACUCAACGGCACGUUAUAAGAACUUCUCUUCAGGUGUUGGCUUUGCAACGCGAGGGUGAUUCAGUUGAGAUCAGAAAACAGAGAACAGCAUUCCCUCCGAAUUUUGUGCACUCGCUCGAUGGUUCACACAUGAUGAUGACUGCCAUUGCUUGUCGAGAUGAUGGAUUGCGUUUUGCAGGUGUGCACGAUUCCUUCUGGACACAUGCGUGUGAUGUUGACAGGAUGAAUCAAAUAUUAAGACAAAAAUUCAUCGAUCUUUACAAUAUUCCUAUACUCGAAAAUUUGCUGGAAAGCUUCGAGACGUCGUACCCGUCAUUAUCCUUUCCCCCUCUACCAAAAAGAGGAGACUUCAACCUGGAAAAAGUACUCGAAUCUCCAUACUUCUUCAACUGAUCCUCCCUGUGCAGCCAUCGCUGAUGUUCAUAAUUAGAAAAUAUCGUGUUGAUUGCACCGGUGAUCUUAGCAGUAACCAGGUGGUAUUUUGAGCAGGCAAUGAUUUUGCCUCUGAAGAAUGGUUUUCUUUGCAUGACACAACUAUCCUGAAACUUAGCAGAAGUAUUGCCAGGCGUAGAGUCGAGAGGACAGAUUUUUAAGUCCCUGCUCGUUUAUAUGACCAAGCACGCACCUGCAUUGGAAUUUCAAGAUGUUUGAAGUUCCUAGUUUCUGGUGUCCUUGGUGAUCUCAUAUGUGCGGUUAUGCACUCUUAUGAUAGGAAACAGUUUUAUAGAAGAUCCCGACUUAUCUAAUAUGCUGGUCUUCCAAGUGACGGGAGUAAUAGGAGAAGCCCAGUCCUUGUGUCCGGUCGACAUGAGUACCUGUAUUGCAUUCUAAUGUGUUCUCUUUGACAUGGAUGCACGGUCCUCCUUGCUCAUUCUUGAAAGUUCCAUUUACGCUUGUCAUGCCUACACUGCCCCAUAUAUCUAGAAACGGUGAAUAUUCACACUUAUUUUGCGGUGCAGGAGAUUUUUCAUAGUGCCAAGAUACGAUGUACAUAUUCCUGUAUUACUAAUGUGAAGAGUAUAAAUUUAUGAUGUACAGUAAACAAUUCUUUGUCAGUUGGAAUGAAUCAAAUGGUACGGAGUUGCAUUUGCCGUUCUUGAUGGUCCAAACAUAAUUAAAUUCUAAAACUUGCAUCAGUGCAUUUUUGUUGUCGGAAAAAGGAUUGAUUAAAUAAGAGAAUCCACUGGGAAAAAAAAAAAAAUAAAAGGCUCUCGAAAGGGUUCUAUCUGAUACCAAAUCCAGGUGCUUGUUCACAAACAGAAAUUCUUUAAAUCCAGUUGCUUGUUGACAAUACCGACCGAUCAAAAUGCACUUGAUAAAGAUGAUAUAAUACCGCUGGAG